AUGGUGUGCAGACUAAGGCUAAGUGUCUUCCGCCUACAGGCCCCCAAGGGACAAUCCCAACUGUCGACACCCCUUCAAAUCGCAAGCUGGGGUGGGGUGGGGUGGGGUGGGGGAGCGGCCAAGGUCAGGCUAUCAGGCUUUGCAAGAGCCCGGCUCGGAAUUGCAGGGAGUGGCACGCGAUCUGGGGGUGCGGGUGGGGGUGGCAGAAAGGUCCUGCCCGGUGGAGCACAAUGGCCCCAUGCGCCAUGCAAACGGUGGGUGGCUUUCCCGCGUUAUUUCAAAGGCGAUGCAACUCAAAGGAGCACGUGCAAACAAGCAUGCAAAUGCAAGCAAACCCGAGCCAAAGAGCACCAGCGUACUCGAUCGAGGCGUUCCGAUAAGCAGAAGCAGGAGCAGGUUGGGGUUGCAGAGCACAAGUCCAACAAGCAAUCGAGUAGCGUUCGAGCCAGCGAGCCAGCCCCUUUUCUUUCUCCAGAGCAAAGCCAGGGUAGCACCAGCCCGUCUCUCCUCUCCCCCCCAUCCCGGGAGUCCCGGGGCUCAGCAGGGGCGCGAGCGAGCCGGACCGGCCCAGAGCCAGCCCAGCCCCAUCGCCACCGCCACCGCCACCGCCCAGCCCUCCUCCGCCGCUCUGCCGCCGCGCCCGGGGCCGCAGUAGACCCGCGAGGGGCGGAAGGGGCGGAGCCACGGGAGGAAAAGGGGCGUGGCCGGGCCGGGCCGGGCCGACCGUCGGGCCCGCCGCCGGCUCGCUGGGAGUUAGUUGCGCGGGUGCAGCCGAAGGGGGAGAGCGAGCGCGAGUCCCGGCCGGUCGGCCCGCCUGCCCGCCCUUCCUUCCGUCGGGCGUCCGGCUGCCGCGCGUCCCCUGCCCGCCCGCCCUCCCGCGCGGCGGCGGGUGGUGCGUUCCGAGCUCCGGGACCCAGCCUCGGCGUCGGCGGCGGGCGGCGGAUCGCGGCCGCCUGGAGCCGGCCGGAGCGGCGGACGUCGCGCCCGGAGCCGGGAGCCGAGCCGCGGGAGGGUCGGGGCGGCGGGCGGGGCAUGGCGCGGCCCCCGGGCCCGCCGCCGCCUCCGUGGGGUCCCGGCCCGGCCCCGGCGAGCUCGGCGCCCGGCGCGCUGCUGCUGCUGCUGCUGCCGCCGCUGCUGCUCGGCUCGCGGCUGUGCGGUGCCUUAGCUGGACCAAUUGUUGUGGAGCCACAUGUCACAGCAGUAUGGGGAAAGAAUGUUUCAUUGAAGUGUUUAAUUGAACUAAAUGAAACUAUAACACAAAUUUCAUGGGAAAAAAUACAUGGCAAAAGUUCACAGACUGUUGCAGUUCAUCAUCCUCAGUAUGGGUUUUCUGUUCAAGGAGAAUAUCAGGGAAGAGUUUUGUUUAAAAACUAUUCACUUAAUGAUGCAACCAUUACUCUGCAUAACAUCGGAUUCUCUGAUUCUGGAAAAUAUGUAUGCAAAGCUGUUACGUUCCCACUUGGAAAUGCUCAGUCCUCUACAAUUGUAACUGUAUUAGUUGAACCCACUGUGAGCCUGGUAAAAGGGUCAGAUUCUUUAAUUGAUGGAGGAAACGAAACCGUAGCAGCCAUUUGUAUAGCAGCCACUGGAAAACCAGUUGCAAGUAUUGACUGGGAAGGCGAUCUUGGGGAAAUGGAAUCAACUACAACUUCUUUUCCAAACGAAACAGCAACUAUUGUUAGUCGGUACAAACUGUUUCCAACUAGAUUUGCUAGAGGAAGACGAAUUACCUGUGUUGUAAGACAUCCAGCUUUGGAAAAGGACAUCCGAUAUUCUUUCAUGUUGGAUAUACAGUAUGCUCCUGAAGUUUCAGUAACAGGCUAUGAUGGAAAUUGGUUCGUAGGAAGAAAAGGUGUUAACCUUAAGUGCAAUGCUGAUGCAAAUCCACCACCCUUCAAAUCUGUGUGGAGCAGAUUGGAUGGACAGUGGCCUGAUGGUUUAUUGGCUUCAGACAAUACUCUUCAUUUUGUUCAUCCUUUGACUUUCAAUUAUUCUGGUGUUUAUGUUUGUAAAGUGACCAAUUCCCUCGGUCAAAGAAGUGAUCAAAAGAUUAUCUACAUUUCAGAUGUUCCACUUAAGCAGACCUCUUCCAUAGCAGUAGCUGGAGCUGUAAUUGGAGCUGUCCUUGCCCUCUUUAUCAUUACCAUCUUUGUGACUGUGCUGCUGGCUCCUCGAAAAAAGAGACCAUCCUAUAUUGAUACAGUGAUUGAUCUUCCACCCACACAUAAACAACCUCCAAUGUAUGCAGAACAAUCCCCUCCUUUGCCUCGAAAAGACCUUUCAUAUCAGACGGAACAUUUGUCUAUGCAGACUCAGUUCAAAGACAGAGAAGUUGGAGGUCUUCAGCACUCAAAUGGACUAAAUAGCAGGCGGUUUGACUAUGAAGAGGAGAAUCCAGUGGAGGAAGAUGAGAUUCAGCAGAUGUACCCCCUUUGCAAUCAGUUGUGCUACCAAGACCUGAGCCCCAACAAACCUCUUCAAACCAAUGACGCAGAAGGAGUCUAUAUCAAUCCACGAGAGCAUUAUGUGUGAUCUUCUUUUUCCAUUGGAUGUUCUAACCAAUGUUUCUUCUUAGAUUGGGGAGAGAAAAUAAGGACAAUAGUGAAUCUUUGUUUUUCCUUAUAGAAAACAAUCCCAAUCUAAGUGUUUCGGAAAUUAUGGCGAAUGACUUGAAGCCAAUAGAGAAUUUCUUUCCUUCAUUAAGAGUUUCUUAACCACCA